GAGGCUUGUGUUUGUCGUCGUUGUGGAUAGACAUAGACACAUACAGUGUUUCUUGUUCCACUACCUUAAACUACUCUUUUUCAGAGAACCCAACAACACACACGAACACUAACUGUUAAAUCUCAGAGGGACGAAGAUGGCGUUGGGGGUACCUGCACUUCCGUUCACAUUUGUUGUUCACCUUUUGGGUGUUGUUGCCAUCAUCUUGGUCUUGGUCUGGAACUUACAUUUCAGGGGUGGCUUGGCUUGGGAUUCUUCCAACAAGGCUCUCAUCUUCAACAUUCAUCCUGUUCUUAUGAUUAUUGGCUUAAUCGUUAUUGGAGGGGAAGCUAUUAUAAGUUACAAAUCUCUUCCCCUGAAGAAGGAAGUGAAGAAAUUGAUACACCUUGUUCUCCACGCCAUUGCAUUAAUACUUGGAAUAAUUGGAAUUUAUACUGCCUUCAAGUUUCAUAAUGAAAGUGGGAUUGCCAAUCUGUACAGCUUGCAUUCAUGGCUCGGACUUGGGGUUAUUGUCCUUUAUGGCAUUCAGUGGAUAUAUGGGUUUGUGAUAUUUUUCUACCCUGGUGGGACUUCAGCCAUUAGACGUGACUCACUUCCUUGGCAUGUCCUGUUUGGGAUAUUUGUAUAUGUCUUAGCUGUUGGCACUGCUUCUCUUGGUUUUCUGGAGAAGCUCACUUUCCUUGAGAACUCAGGAUUGGCAAAAUAUGGUUCUGAGGCUUUACUUGUCAACUUCACUGCUGUGAUCACAAUCUUAUUUGGUGCCUUUGUUUUAUUAACUGCUGCAUCUGAUGCUCCUGCAGCCGAAGAUGACUACGCAGCCAUAUAGAUUUAUUUUUGCAUCAUACUAUCAUGGAUAACCUCAUGUAUGCUAUUAGUUUGUACUGGGAGUGGGAAGGUGGAAAUAAUAUAUGUUGUGUCUGUAUUUUUGGACA